GCAGAGGUAAUUCGGAUGGAAGUUCAUGUCUCUGCCGGACUUCAACGAGUAACAGCAGGCAAAGGAACAGAAGAAAAAAGGACGGAGAGCAAGAAGAAAUCAGAAGAAAAAAUGGCGAAAUUUUGUGUAUUACUCUCAGUUUUCUUGAUGUUGCAAGUCAGCCGAGCUUGCGAUGGUAGCAAUGAGGAAGAUCAAUUGGGAUCGGCCCGGCAGCAAUCGGACGAUUACUACGCAAACGCCUAUGGAUUCACUCCUGAAACUUGGAAUGCUCUUUACUAUCCAUCAAGCGUACCCGUCACAGAAUAUCCUGGCCAGUAUGAAGGACGGACUACUCUCAGCAGCCCUACGCCAAUUAGCGUCAACCCUUUUGCCAAAUACUUCGCUAACAGUUAUACAGGUGAAGAAGUGAAUCCAGCGGAAGGCCGUUUCGCGUUUGGAGCUUUAGGAACCAAUUUGAUCAACACGGGCAUCUUCAACAAUCGCUUCACGCCGGCAAAUACUUUCAGACCCUUUCAAAAUUUUGGCAACAGAGUUCCGAUCAUUGUGAAUCCGAAUUUCAACAACCCCGUUAGCGGUUUCGACGAUUGUACUUCACCAAGCGGCGAGUCUGGAAUCUGCGUUCCAGGAAAAGUCUGUUCACUGUUUGGCGGCCGGCCUAGCGGUUCUUGCAUCCUGGGGAAAGUUUGUUGUGUUAAUGCCAUCACCACUUGCGGAGGAACUGUCACCUUGAACAAUACUUUCUGGCAAUCGCCGACUACGGCCGUCAGCGCCCCGACCACCUGUGCCCUCACUGUCCGAAUGAACAGUAAGCUAGCCGAACAGUUAAAGAAACCAAUUUGCCAAAUUCGUUUGGAUUUUGUUUCAUUCACGAUUGGCCGACCAACACUUGGAGUGUGCGCAGAUACAUUUACGGUUGGCGGAUCGACUUCCGUAGUGCCAACUAUUUGCGGUGAAAACACUGGACAGCACAUGUACCUCGACGUUCCGUCAUCAGCAAUUACCCCUACCGAUGUUCAGCUCAUCUUCAAUUUCGCUGCUGGAACAGCUACUCGCGCCUGGAACAUCAAGAUCGCUAUGCUGCCUUGUGGUGCUUCGUACCUAGCUCCUGCUGACUGUCUCCAAUAUUACACCUCUGCUACCGGAAGAGUCAGAUCGUUUAAUUGGCAGGAUGCGGCAGGCGGACAUCAACUUAAUAAUCAGAACUACAACAUUUGUUUCCGGACUGAACUCGUGUCGGCUCAGAGAGCCACUCGGAUGUGCGUGUCUGUUUGCACGGUUGCCAAUGGCGGUGAUGCAUUCUCUAUCACCACCAAUCCAUUCGUCGCUGUUAAUUCUGCCGCCGGUAUAUCCACAGUCGAUGCAAAUAAUGUAGCAGUUGCGACUUGCCUGUACGAUUUCCUCGCUAUCGCUGGCGCCCGGGAUGCUACCGGGAUUGAGGCUGAUCGUUACUGCGGUAACCAUCUAAAUCCUGCGGUGGGCACACCGCAAGCCCCGGGUGCAGGAACUCCCGUCGAAGUGUGCACUCCAAUUAGGCCAUUUAAGAUGACCUAUCGAACUGACGGUACGGAAUUGGCGGUAGGUGCACCGUUUACACCGACGAAUCCUAUUGUGGCUAUCGCCGAUAACGCCAACACUGGAUUCUGCCUCGACUACCAAGAACGAUAGACUAUAGGCACCUGUUGGUGGUGUUAUUUAAAUCUUUUUCUCGGUGGUGGGAGUUCUUUUAAUGCAUUUAACGAGCUUUCUUGGUUUUGUUGGUAAAUGUUUGCAAAUUAUCCAUGCAACAAAUCAGUGGACGGACGAUAAUUCUGUGGUCCACCAAAAACUACUCGCAACAGAUGAGUACGUUCUUACAAAGCUUCAUUGUUCUUUUACUGUUUCAAUUUGACAAUGUUUUUGGCCCUUGUGCUCUAUUUAAAUAAAUUUCAUUUUAGGUGG